AUCCCUCACAGAGCAGAGCAGGACAGUUCAACAUUAUGAUUAUUUAGUUUAAAACCAACAUUAGUUUAAUUUGUUUUCCACAAAACAGUGACGACAGCAGCCUGAACUCUGGGCCAAGUCGGGUCAAAACCGUAGACCUGUAUUGAAACUGAAACUAAACGGACUGCGGGGAACUUUCCACAUUCACGGGAAACUCGCUUAGUUUUGCAGCUGCGGCGGACAAGACAAGACAGGCGGGUCAGUCAGUACACGAGGACACUGACAAAAUAACAACAAAGCAUUUAUUCCUAGUUCAGUUCAGUUUGUGGAGGUUUUGUGGCAGUGACAGGAUUAUUUCAGAGUCCACGGAUACCUGCAGAUGGCUCGGCAGGGUACCAUCGUUUUCUUUAAACUUGAGACCACAGGAUUAGGCGUGACAUCUUGUUACAUCGUCCAGUUGGCGGCCAGCUGUGAAAAUACCAUCUUCAACCGCUACAUCCUCCCCUGCAUCCCCAUCGAAGAGAGAGCUACAGAAGUGAACGGCCUCACCGUCAGUUAUGGCCAACUGUUCCUCCACGAUGUGCCUGUGAGCACUAUGACACUUUACUAUUCUUUAACAACUUUCAUUGACUACCUUGGCCGCUUCCCCGGCCCCGUGCUGCUGGCGGCCCACAACUCAAGGAGAUUUCAUGGAAGGGUGCUCAUGAGAGUGCUGGAGAAGUUCUCCCUCUUUGAGCAGUUCAAACAGGUGGUGUCUGGGUUUGUGGAUACCUUACAGCUGAGCAAGAAUCUCUAUCCUAAACUGAAAACUUUUAAUCGGCCGUAUCUGGUCCGCUACUUCCUGGGAGGGAAAUACAAUGCCCAUAAUGCAGUGGAGAAGGCCAAACAGCUGGAAGAGCUGUUCAAUUAUUGGGAUCCCGACAAUGAUGACAUCGAGGAUGUCACCGACUGGAUUUAAUCUACAGAACAACAUUAAAAUAUUAAAUACUAAAGUUAACAUUUGUUGUUUUGUGUUCUCAUCAUCUACCCACAGGUGGUUGUACAGAUCGGCAUAACAAAAGAAAACGUGUGAUUUCUGACAUAAUGCUUGUGACACCAUGUUAAAUAAUACUCGUAUUUUUUGAUGUUAUUGAUGUGUCAUGCUCAAAGUGUUUGUUUUUGUAUUUCCUUUAAAUCGAAGCAUAAUGUUUAAAUUACCAUUAAACUUUAAUUUGACUCUU